GUACGAGAGGGAGUGAUAGAGGGAAGAGGGAAUGAGCAAGACUGACAGGGGAUUCCAAGAGUGGAGAGUCAGCAGUGAGUAUGUUUGUGGAAACAGGAGGGAGGAUAAGUAUGCAGAGAAACAGAGAGGGUAUGGGAGAGAGGUGAGGCUUGGUUUGAUUCAUGUUGUGGUCAGAGCCAAUAGAAAGCCCCCAUCUAUGUCUAAGGGGAAGCAGAAGUGCGACUCCAAACCCAGCUGGAAACACACAGAGACACCGAACUAGAAUACUGAGACACAGAAACCCAAUGGCAUAGAAAGACAGAUUACAAAGAGAGGAGAAAAAGAUAUAUACAUAUUUUGAGAUAAAUAUGGAUUAUUAAUAAACUCAAAGAUACAGACUCAGUGGAGAGAAACAGGACCACAGACCUUGGGACACUCAGCUGAAAGUCCACCUCGGGUACCCCUGCUGUUCCAAUGGAAACCAACACCAGGAUUCCCUCUACAGGACCAGUAAGGGUGGACAGCUACCCCUAACUGAGACAGGAUCACCCCACUGUCCUGGGACACUGUGGCAAGAGAAUGUUUUGGAGAAUCACUCUCCCGGUCCUACUGGCUGGGGUGCUCUGCGUUGCCACAGACACCAGGAAGCCCCGCCCCCAGGGCUCCAUCCCCUCACUUUUCAAGACCAAAGGCAACAUGUCGGAGCGUCAGCGCCUGUUGCCGCGAAAACCCGAAGUCCUUUCGUCAAGUCGGGAGGCCCUGGUGGUCACGGAGCGCCGGUACCUCCGACGUGACUGGUGCAAGACACAACCCCUCCGCCAGACAGUGAGUGAGGAGGGCUGUCGGAGUCGUACGGUGGUCAACCGCUUCUGCUAUGGCCAGUGUAACUCCUUCUACAUCCCCCGCCACAUGAGCCCUAGCUCAAAUCGAGGCUUGGGGUCCGGCCGGAAGAACCACAACAAGGCCCAAGAGCCCUUCCAGUCCUGUUCCUUCUGCAGGCCGCACCGCAUCACCCAGCUCACUGUGCAGCUGGACUGUCCAGGGCUGCAACCAGCCUUCCGCCAUCGCAAGGUGCAGCGUGUCAAACAGUGUCGCUGCAUGUCGGUGGAUGUGAGUGGUAACGGAAAACUGUGAGGGAUUCUUUGGAACCAGACCAUGACAGUCACCAUGGACACUAAUGUGACUGUGAAAGUGAACGUUAACAUGAACAUGAAUACCGUAGACAUGACAGGGGACAAGCUAGUAGUACCUCUCCCCUAUAUUGGACUAUGCUGCAUUAUCACUUUGUACACAGGUCUACUGGUCACACAAAAUGAACCCUACAGGUACUGGUAGUACAGAGUGGCCCAUCUAUUAGCCCUUUGACUAUAUGGACAGCUAUGGUAAAAACUACAAAUUGCAGACAUAAAUGGAUGCAUUGCACAACACCAACUGAAGCACAGACAUGUUUCAGUUCAUAUUAAACAACUGGGUCCUUGGACAUUUGGAACAUAUAAAACCAUAAGCACAGCACCAAGUUCUAGACUGAAAGUGGAGCUGCCUAUGGCAUGCUGUGGACUGGGCUUACCUGGGGGAACUGUCCAGGCAAUAGGGCUUCAGACUGAGAAAAAAGAACCUAGUCUGUCUAAGUAUCUGCCUGUGGAUUUAAGAGCCACCUGUGAAAUAAUUGACACAAAUAUCAAGCUAGCCAGUAAAGAAAUGAUAUUACUAUUUUAUGUAUAACUGUUGUACUAUAAAUAUAUAUGUAUAUGUCAAAGGAUAAGUAGCUAUAAAUAUAUAUAAAAUCUAUUUCAUGUGAAACAUCUGUGUGGUCUGAAUGCAAACAAUGUUGUGGCAAUAAAGGAUAUAGUUGACUAAUGAUGUUUGAGAAGAAUAGGCUCAACAACUAUUCAGAUAAAGACUUUCAGGACGAUUCAUCUUCAAUAAAUAGUAUUUUAUCAGGAACAAAGGCGUUAUUGCAAAUGGGGACACAGUCACCAACAGCUCUACAAGGCUCAUACAAAACAUAGAACAGGAAAACAAUUCAAACAUACAAAUCAUACAGGAUAUGUCACAUACAGAUUGCAUAUCAUUUUACAUGUAAUGUGGAUAAGGUUAUUUUUUAAAAUUGUAAUAUUAUUUCAAUAUGUAGCUAUGGUUCCAUAAUAAAAAAAACAAUAGAGGAUGAUGUGAAAUCCUCAUGACCUACUAAAUACCUUGGUUCUAAAUACCUUAGCAGCUAAACUCAAGUCAUGGUUAAGUUCAUGAUUUAUUGCAUAAACUACAACUGUACAUCACGUAUCAUCCUUCUAUGAAACUACAGUGUAUGAUAAACUGAUUAUUGUCACAAUGCAAGUUUUCACUAAGCAGGUCUGGUUUCCAUACAGGUUGUAAUGUAGAUUAAUUGAAUUGGCUCAUUUGUCAUUAACUAGCUCAGUGUGCUAUAAAGGCACUUGACUUGCUGUCUGGUAAGCAAAUAUAUAUACAAGCUCACUCUUGUUCUCCUUUUUAUACUGGAAGGCAGUGCAGGGAUGGAUAGAAAUGGCUUAUUGAAACAUGAUUGUCUUAACUGGUGUCUUCUAUCAAAUGCUACAGGGGAUAGGCUGGAUACCAGAACAUGUGUGUCGCACUGUAAAACGAUGCAUUUCUCAUUAAAAUGGCAUCUGUCCAAAAAUAA